GAUGAUCUGUGCUCCACCUUGCUGUGCUUUCCUCCGUCCCUUUAGCCGGAGAGGUCGGAGUCAAACCCAGACCCGUUGAAACGUAUAUUCAUGGCAGUCAGACAGGAGCGAUAAUAAAAAAACUCAAUAUGGGAGAUGAUGGCAUAGACUACAAUAUAGUUUUUCCAGAGCCUCAGAUAUCAGAGAAAUACUGGCGCGGGUCAAAGGAGCCUGUUGUUAUUCUUUUAGGCUGGGCUGGGUGCAGAGACAAGCAUUUGUCAAAGUACAGCUCAAUUUAUAAUACACAGGGAUGUGUGACUGUACACUACACUGCGCCUCUGAAGACGGUAUUCAUCUCGGAAUCAUUUGGGUACAAGGAGCUCAGAAGCGCUGCUCACAAACUGCUUGAAAUACUGUAUGACUAUGAGGUAGAGAACAAUCCUAUAUUCUUCCAUGUGUUCAGCAAUGGUGGCUUCAUGCUCUACCGCUACAUGGUGGAGCUCUUGCAAAGCCAUAAGCAGUUCAGUUCUCUGUGUGUGGUGGGCACAGUUGUGGACAGUGCGCCAGGGAGCCAGAACCUGAGAGGAGCUCUUCGUGCCCUCAAGACCACACUGGGCCCAAACGUCAAUGUGCUGCUGCGGUGCUUCCUCCUGGCUCUGUUUGCCGUGAUGGUGGUCCUGCUUAGGGUCGUUCUGUACCCUGUGACCAAAUACUUCCACAAGAACCACUAUGAUGCCAUGAUGGAGCGACCUGCGCCCUGGCCGCAGAUGUACCUCUACUCUAGGGCAGACCGGGUGAUCAGGUAUAGGGAUGUGGAGAAGAUGGUAAGAGCGCUGCAGGAGAAAGGGCUGUCUGUAGAGAGCUUUGACUUCAUAACCCCACCCCACGUAAGCCUGUUCAGAGACUGUCCGGAGGACUAUUCCAACAGGUGCCACACCUUCCUAAACAGCUGCAUGACCAACUUUGAGGGGACCGUCAGAGGAAAGCGCUUCCAAGUGCAUCACUGACCGUAUGGGGAUCUCACCCAGACCUUAAAUAGUUUGUGAUUAUGGAACUACUGUAAAGUCACAUAUGUACAAACCACCAUAUUUGUAUAAAUACUACUGAUUGAUAAGUUUAAUGAGUUGACCUUGAAUAUGGACAAGCUGACUUCUAAUGUGUUGUGUGUCUAGUACUGUGAAUUGAAAACUAAUUUAACUUCAUUUAAGCUUACUGAAUUUACACUUCUAUAGAUGGUAAUUAAAUGGUUUAUGUAUUUGACUUAUGUGCCUUUCUGAAAUAAAGACUAAAAUCAUUUAGUAAA